AUGGUUAUAUGUGGAGAAAAUUAUCAUAGAAUUGGUUCAUUGCUGCCUCCUGACGGUGAAAAACCAAAGUUUGCUCAGCUCUAUAUUUUCGAACCUGAGAAUGAAAUUGACAACCGGUUGGCGAACUUUGCUUCCCAUGAUGGUCUACUUAUGCCAGAAUUGCUCACUUUAUUGCUUCAGAUGUUAGAUCAGCAUAAUGAACUUGUCAAAACAUUUAGGCGGGUUCGGCAGCAGCUGCAAGAUUCUGCAACAACAAGUUUAAAGCUUCGAAUUUUUGGAGCUAAGAGCAGAAAUCGACAGUAUGACUUGCCCAGCAGCACUGAAAUCGCUACACUUAUACCGGGCGAUUUUAUUCCGGACAGAGAGGAUCGAGAUGUCAUUGUUGAUCACAUAUAUGAGGGUUUGAAGAGAAUUACAAGUCUCAAUCCAAAAUUUGAUGCAUUGCAUUUCCCGCUCUUAUUUCCAUAUGAGAGGAUGGCUAUCAUCCACUUAUCAAGUACAGGUCAGCUUUCUGUCCUCCUUCUAUGCAUCGACAGUUUGUUACUCAGCGUGAGUAUUAUACAUCAGCUUUCUGGAAAAGCUCUUCAGCACUUUUGCAUAGACGCCUAUUCAUCAAUAGAGUUAAAUAGGCUAGCUUUUUUGCGCUACCAUCAGCCACAACUUAGAGAUGAGGUUUAUCAAGGCUUGCAAGAUGCAAUGGCGCGAGGUGAUCUUGAUGGGGAUAAAGUGGGUCAUGUAGUGCUCCCUGGGACUUAUAUAGGCACCCCACGAUAUAUGCAACAAUUAUAUCACGAUGCAAUGGCGGUGGUCGAAUUCUAUGGAAAUCCAUAUCUAUUUAUUACAUUUACGUGUAAUUCAUUGUGGGAAGAAAUAACAGAAGCUUUUCGUGAUAUUGUUGGCCCGAAUUGUUCGGACAAACCAAUGGUGGUUUCAAGGGUUUUCCACAUAAAGCUGAGCAUUCUCAUCGACGACAUUAAGAAAAACUCCUACUUUUGGAAGACAAUCGCAAGUAAGAGCAGUAUGAUCAUUUAA